UUGAGCCUAUGGUCGCCGGUUUUACUGCCGUAUGCCACCAUUACGACUUUGACGCCGAAACACCAGGAAAUGGCUAUCGUUCCCUGAUUAAGGUUUUACUGUCAUGCCUUGUUCAUAUCAUACAAAAGGCCCGCUACAUUGCCUCAAAUCACAAGAGCGCCUUCUUCAGGGCAGACCACAACGUCUCAGAGAUGGAGGCGUACUGCAGCGCACUUUGCCAGCUACGUGCGCUCUUCUACCUGGCCAAGCAUCUCAUCAACGACAAUGACUUGGGCCAGCUGUACUCCCUGCAAGACCUCGAAUUGAGUCACAAAUUUGUGCAGGAGUACAGCUCCAUGCAUAAAGCCUGUUUCUAUGGUCGAUGCCUGGGUUUUCAGUUUUCACCAAGUCUUCGUCCAUUCCUCCAGACUGUUGUCAUAAGCAUGGUGUCAUAUGGUGAGGCAUAUGGUAAACAGCAAUCAAAUAUUAAUAUUAAGUAA